CCUGAAAAAUCAAAAUUCCGCGCCACCAAUCUCCUCCCUCCGGAAAUGGCCCUCUCCGCUCCUCCACCACCAGCACCUGAUCCUACUCCGUCGUCGUCCACUACCACCGCCGUUGCCACCACCUCCACCACCACAAGACCUCCAUAUCCCCCAAAUCCCCGAAACCCACCUACUCCUCCUCCUCCUCCGCCUCCUCCUCAUCUCCAUCCCCAUCCACUACACCCUCACCAUUACCCAGCACCUUUUUAUCCCCAGCCGCAUCCCCAUCUAAUAAAUUCCAGACUCCCCGCAAGCCCUAACUCCAAUUAUCCUCCCCCAUCCCAUGAUGUCACCACCACAGCUAAUGCCACCACCACUCUCUACCCUGUAGCUUCCUCCGGCAGAGGGUUUCUUCAAAAACAUCCCCAUUCUUCUGUUCCCGUUAAUAAUUCUAUUAACCCUAAUUCUCAUUUGUACGCAGCUGGGGCAGCUCGUCAAGGGGUUGGGAUUUCGUACCCCAGGCCGUUGUUUGGGUACUCUCAUCCGGAUCCAGGUCUGGUUGCGGUCACGGGAAUGGGUAUGGGUAUGGGGUAUGUUAGUGGUAGGUCCAUCCCCCAUUUGCAGCACCCGGCUGGUGGUGGGGCAACUGUCAUGCCGGGUGUGAUUAAAGGUGUCCCAAUUUCUGCUUCUGCUUCUUCACAGCCUCAACACAAGGUCUCCCUUUCAUCUACUCCAGUUUCUGAUAGUAAUGGCCACAAAGAAAUGAGCUUUUGCAGGGAAAGAGGCAGGGAUGAUUCUUUGGUAACUAUUAGAGAUAGGAAGGUCCGAGUAUCUCAGAGUGCUUCUCUUUAUACCCACUGCCGAUCGUGGCUGAGGAAUGGUUUUCCUGAAGAAAGUCAGCCAAUAAACAUGGAUGCAGCUAGGUCUCUUCCCCGACCUUUGCCAUUACCUGUCCAAGGUAAUGUUUCACCCGUGAAAAAGGACGAUCCUAAGGAAGAAGAGGAGGUAGAAGGAUCUGUGGACAAUUUAACUUCUGAGGAGCUGUUACAAACACAUAUCAAGCGUGCUAAGAGGGUGCGAUCACGAUUAAGAGAAGAAAGACUGCAACGAAUUGCGAGAUACAAAACCAGAUUGGCACUUCUCUUGCCUCUGAUGGUAGAGCAACAAAUGAGAAAUGAUUCAGCCUCUGGGAACUGAAGUGAGCUAUUUGGUCUGACAUCCUCCUAAUCAGAGUUGAGGUUUAGGCCAUUACUAAACAUUAAAAGGGAAUUUUGAUAUGGAGGUUUGUUGAAGCAUUAGAACGUCAAUAUGCUUCUUGAUAAUUUUCAUAUUGCUUUGCAUAGAUGAUAUACUAGACUUUCUACAGCCUUGGCCAUGAAACUGAGUGCUUUACUAGAACAUAGGCGGUAAAGGAUGGACAGCUGAUGAGUUCCUUCUCUGCUGUUGUAAAAUUGAGGGUUUUUCGCUAAAAUAUCAGCUAAUUGGUGAUGUAACAUUGUAACAUUUACAUUCUUUUUCUCCUCAAAUGUGGUAUGGUGUCUCUCGGUAUGUUUGUGUGUGUGUGUGGGUGUUUUGGGGGAGGGUUUUGUUACAACGUAUUAUUGUACUGAUGAAUACGUUGUUACAAUAUGAUUCUUGUAUAUUACCUGAAUCCUGUUGGGUUGUGGGUUGAAAUUGUAACAGGCGUGAAGAAGUUAUGGGCUUGAAGAAAUUUGUUAACCGGGUACCAGUGAGAAAACUGAGAAAAUUCCAGCAUAAGUUGAACUUAAUACAAAUUUUGAAACCUAUGUAAUUUGUAGAUGAUGAAGCUACAUGAAGCUGUAAGGAAUAUGUGUAGA